UUUGAAUGCGCGGUCGUUCAGUAAUACUAAGUUCUCUCACACUGUUCUUUAAGGAAGCGGAGAGUAAUGGCGGACUGGAGAGAGUACUAUCAAAACGAAGGUGAUGAGGCUGAGCAGGACGAAGAAGAAUCUGGAGGUGAUUACAAGUUCAGUGGCCGUGACAGCCUGGUGUUUUUGGUUGAUGCGUCCAAAGAGAUGUUUACCAAGGGUGAGGAUGGAGAGCCAUCAAAUUUUGAAAUGACCAUGCAUUGUGUGCGCAGUGUGUACACUAGUAAGAUCAUAAGCAGUGACAAAGACAUGGUUGCUUUGGUAUUCUACGGGACUGAGCAGAGCAAGAACCCCAGCAACUCCUUCAAGCAUGUGUAUGUCUACCAUGACUUGGAUUCACCUGGAGCUCAGCGUGUGCAGGAUAUUGAUAAACUGGGUGAAAAAGGAGCUCAGUUUGCUGCAGAGAUCAUGGGCAGUGGGCAUACUUCCCUCGGAGAGGCUCUUUGGUGCUGUUCCAACCUUUACAGUGACAUCAAGCUGCGACUGUCACAUAAACGCCUCAUGAUCUUCACUUGUAGGGACAACCCUCAUGGAGGAGACAGUGCAAAAGACAGUCAGGCUCGUACGAAGGCUGCUGACCUUAAAGAGACAGGUGUGGUUAUAGACUUGAUGCACCUUAAAAAGCCUGGAGGAUUUGAUGUUUCCUUGUUCUUCUGUGAUAUUGUAAGCCCUCCUGAGGAUGAGAGCGAGCUUGGUCUCCAGCUUGAGCCCUGUGGGAAACUUGAGGACUUGCAGAAGAGAGUCAGAGCUAAAGAGUUGAAGAAGAGGGCUCAGAGCAGGUUAACAUUCUCUCUUGGAGAAGGUGUCAAUGUAGCAGUUGGUGUAUAUGUGUUGGCCCGGACUGCCACCAAACCUACCGCUGUUAGACUUUCCAGAGAUACUAACGAACCAGUUCGCACUAAAACCCGUCUCUUUCACACCCACAAUGGCAGCCUACUUUUGCCAAGUGAUACAAAGAGGGCACAGGUUUAUGGAAAGAAGCAGAUUGUAAUGGAGAAGGAUGAGGUGGAUGAGAUUAAGAAGUUUGAUGAUCCAGGUUUGGUGCUGAUAGGAUUUAAGCCCAUGGAUCGCCUCAAACUGCACCAUCAUAUACGGCCUGCGCUCUUUAUAUAUCCUGAGGAAGAGCAGAUAUCAGGCAACUCCUGUAUCUUUACAGCUCUGCUUUUAAAGUGCAGUGAGAAAAAUGUUUUUGCAUUGUGCAAAUACAUCUCUCGCCGAAACACUCCACCUCGGUUUGUGGCGCUAGUUCCCCAGAGAGAAGAGCUGGAUCAGAGUCAAACACAGGCAACACCUCCAGGCUUCCAUGUGAUUUUCCUGCCUUAUGCUGAUGACAUACGCACUCUGGAUGCUCACGAGUGUCCCUCAGCCUCUGAUGAGCAGGUGGACAAGAUGAAAGAGAUUGUGCACAAGCUCCGCUUUAAAUACAAGAGUGAUGCAUUUGAAAACCCAGUGCUGCAAAAGCACUUUAGGAAUCUGGAAGCUUUGGCUUUGGACAUGCUUGAACCUGAGCCCAUUGAGGAUUUUACAAUGCCAAAGGUAAAAAUGAUGGAUGAUCGUGUUGGCUCACUGGUUCAAGAAUUCAAAGAUUUAGUCUAUCCUCCUGGCUAUAACCCAGAAGGAAAGCCUGCAGCUAAGCGCAAGCCUGCUGAAUCUGUUGGUGGUGCUGAAAAGAAGCCAAAAGUUGAGAUGUGUGAGCAGGAGCUCAGAGACCACGUGGCAAAUGGCACUUUGGGCAAACUGACAGUGCCUGUUCUGAAAGAUGCCUGCAAGCAGUUUGGAAUACGAACGACAGGAACCAAGAAGCAGGAGCUCAUAGAUGCCCUGACCAGGCAGCUUCCUGAAUGAGCUAGUGUUUUUAAAGUGAUGCCCAUAUCUGGGAGAAAAAAUGUAUGAUAGCUUGACAUUAUGGUGACUUAUUUACGUACUUGUUCAUAAAAUAAAUGCAAAAAGAUUUAUGUCUGCUCAUGUUAAGUGGUUGUUGUCAAAUCAAGUCUGUUCUUUUAGACAUAAUUAGGUCCAGCACUGUGACUGUUGUUGUAACAUGCAAUAAAAGCUUGAAUUUUGGAGUUUU